CUCAAUCUUCACAAAAACCCAAUCUUCCUCUCUACCUUCUGAGUGAGACGGUGAGUGAGAGAGAAGAAGAAGAACGAGAAUGGGGCACGCCACGACUCUCUCACAAUUUCUCAUCCUCUCUACCUUCUCUCGUCUCGGGUCUCGUACUAGUAGAUUCCUCACAAAACCCACCUCUCUCUCCGGCUCUUUUUCUCCCAUUCAGGUCACCGGACAAGGGUUCCGAUGCUGUUGCUCUGCCGCCGCCGCUACAGAUGACACUUCUCCUUCUGUAAAGAAACGUGUGGUCUCUGGUGUUCAGCCUACAGGAUCAAUUCACUUAGGAAAUUAUCUUGGCGCUAUCAAAAAUUGGGUCGCUCUUCAGGAUACAUAUGAGACACUCUUUUUCAUCGUAGACCUUCACGCGAUAACUCUUCCAUAUGAUGCACAACAACUAGGAAAGGCAACUAGGGAUACUGCAGCACUAUAUCUAGCAUGUGGUAUUGAUGCUUCUAAGGCUUCAGUAUUUGUGCAAUCUCACGUAAGCGCUCAUUCGGAGUUGAUGUGGCGUUUAUGUGCAUCAACACCUAUUGGUUGGCUACAGAAAAUGAUUCAAUUCAAAGAGAAAUCUCGCAAAGAGGGGGGUGAGAACGCUAGUGCCGCUUUGUUAAUUUAUCCUGAUCUGAUGGCUGCAGAUAUCCUACUGUAUCAGGCGGAUUUUGUCCCUGUUGGUGAGGACCAGAAGCAACACCUAGAGCUUGCCCGCGAAAUUGCACAGCGUAUGAAUAAUUUAUAUGGUGGAAGGAAGUGGAAGAAGCUAGGAGGGCGUGGUGGCUCGCUCUUUAAGAUACCAGAACCACUCAUACCACAAGCUGGAGCCCGUGUAAUGUCUCUUACUGAUGGUCUUUCCAAGAUGUCCAAGUCUGCACCUUCUGACCAGUCCAGGAUCAAUCUCCUUGACUCAAAAGACUUGAUUGCAGACAAGAUAAAACGGUGCAAGACAGACUCAUUUGCAGGCCUUGAGUUUGACAAUGCUGAGAGACCUGAAUGCAACAAUCUCCUCUCAGUAUAUCAGAUUGUUUCGGGCAAGACGAAAGAGAAAGUGAAGGAGGAAUGCAAAGAUUUGAGCUGGGGCACAUUUAAACCUCUCCUUGCAGAUGCUUUGAUAGAACAUCUUAGUCCAAUCCAGGCUCGUUAUCAGGAGAUAAUAGCAGAACCAGAGUAUUUGGACAAAGUACUGUCAGAAGGUGCGGACAGAGCCACGGAGCUAGGGGAUAUUACAAUGCGCAAUGUGAACCAAGCUAUGGGAUUCUACCCGAGGAGAUAGUGCCAAUUUGAUGAUAUUUGUGGUCGGCCGUUUUUGAAGUAUCAAGAAAAAGAUUAGAGUUACACUUUGCGAAAUAUUUAUUGAUUCUUGAGUUAUGAUUAUUAUCAUUUUUUGCAAUUACUAUAAUCUCUCACAAUUUAUCAAUAUAACUCUAUGAUUAAGCUCAA